GAAGGGGCCGGUUCUCCCUCCGCGCCGCCUCGCUCGCCUCCCCGCCGUCUGGGCGAGCGAGACCAGCGGCCGCCACUUUCGCAGUCCAUGCCGGCUAGGUGGUCGGGGCCUCCGUCUCCCGCUUGAGUUAUUAUUUUUCUUCCCUCUCCCGUUCCUUCCCUGCAAUGUGUGGCCGAGCAUCUUCGAAGGCUGUGGCGCCGUCGUGGUUUCUGGCCCCCAGGAGCGGUUCAUGUUGAGCAAGUCGUAAUGGAUAAGGAUAAUUUAUUUAUUUUUAAGAAUAUACAGUGCGCUCAUUCUUCAAGAAUUCCAACGCAGUAUAUGUAAAAUAGAAACAACAAACUAGCUUCCAAGGUCUUUCAGAAUGAGUCUACGGAAACAAACUCCAAGUGAUUUCUUGAAACAAAUCAUAGGCCGACCAGUUGUUGUAAAGUUAAAUUCUGGAGUUGAUUAUCGAGGUGUGCUGGCUUGCUUGGAUGGGUACAUGAAUAUAGCUCUGGAGCAGACAGAGGAGUAUGUAAAUGGGCAGUUGAAGAAUAAAUAUGGAGAUGCUUUCAUCAGAGGAAACAAUGUUCUAUAUAUAAGUACACAGAAGAGGAGAAUGUGAGCAUACCUGAAGAUGGAGUAUUUUGUACGACAAUUUUUGUUUCUUAACAUUUUGUUUGUUGCUGGUAAUUUUUCAAUGAAAAGUUACAUGGCCUAUAUGGAAGGUUGGAUAUGUUUUAAUAUGUGAAAACAAGAUGGAACAUUUUCUGAGUUUGGAAUACUUUUUGUUAAAAUCUGGAAUGAAAUAAAAAUGGAAAAUAAUGUGA